AUGGCUUCCGGUCCCUUGUAUCUCGGGUUUGACCUCUCAACCCAGCAACUUAAAGCCAUCGUCGUCCAGUCCGAUCUGACGGUCAUCUCCGAGGCCAAGGUUGACUUUGAUGCCGACUUUGGCAAGCAAUAUGGCCUGCACAAGGGCGUCUUGACCAACGAGAAGGAGGGCGAGGUGUAUGCACCCGUCGCUAUGUUUCUCGAGGCCAUUGACCUCGUCCUCGCCCGUCUCAAGGAGAAGACGCCCAUGGACCGCAUCAAGGGGAUCAGCGGCUCAUGCCAGCAGCACGGCAGCACCUACUGGAGUCACGACGCCGAGAAGCUGCUCGGCGGCUUGAAGGCCGACAAGUCGCUUGUCGACCAGCUCAAGGAGGCCUUCUCCCACCCAUAUGCGCCUAACUGGCAGGACCACAGCACGCAGGCGCAGUGCGACAAGUUUGAUGCCCAAUUCGAGACAGCUCAGAGGCUUGCCGAGGUCACCGGCAGCGCCGCCCACCACCGCUUCACCGGCACACAAAUCAUGCGACUCCGCCAGAAGCUCCCCGAUAUGUAUGCCGCCACCUCGCGCGUCUCCCUCGUCUCCUCUUUCCUCGCCUCCGUCCUUCUCGGCACCGUUGCCCCCAUUGACAUCAGCGACGUCUGCGGCAUGAACCUCUGGGAUAUCCCCGCCAACGCUUGGAGCGAGCCUCUCCUUGAGCUGACUGCCGGCGGAAAGUCCGGUGUGGCGGACUUGCGCUCCAAGCUCGGCGAGCCUCGCCAGGAUGGCGGUGGCUCUAUGGGCGCCAUCGCCGAUUACUUCGUCGAGCGCUAUGGUUUCAGCAAAGACUGCCAGAUCGCCCCGUUCACUGGAGACAACCCGGCCACGAUCCUCGCCCUGCCCCUUCGUCCCAUGGAUGCAAUCGUCUCCCUGGGCACAUCGUCCACGUUCCUGAUGGUCACGCCCGUGUACAAGCCCGAUGCGGCGUACCACUUCUUCAACCACCCCUGCACGCCGGGCCAGUACAUGUUCAUGCUCUGCUACAAGAACGGCGGUCUCGCCCGUGAGCGCGUCCGCGAUGCCCUGCCCAAGCCGGAAGGCGGCGACCCCUGGGCCAACUUCAACAAGGCUGUCCUCGACACCCCACCUCUCGACGUUCGCUCCGAGUCCGACAAGGCCAAGCUGGGCCUGUACUUUGACCUCCCCGAGAUCGUGCCCAACAUCAAGGCCGGCACGUGGCGGUACACCGCCAACCAGGACGGCUCAGAGCUGGCCGAGUCCACGGAGCAGUGGAGCAAGGAGACGGACCCGCGCAUCAUCGUUGAGAGCCAGGCCCUCUCCAUGCGUCUGCGCAGCCAGAACCUGGUCCACAGCCCCAAGGACAACCUGCCCGCGCAGCCUCGCCGGAUUUACCUCGUCGGAGGCGGCUCGCUGAACCCCGCCAUCGCGAGGGUGAUGGGCGACGUGCUGGGUGGCGUCGAUGGCGUGUACAAGCUCGACGUCGGCGGCAACGCAUGCGCGCUGGGCGGUGCUUACAAGGCAGUCUGGGCGCUGGAGAGGGCCGAGGGCGAGAGCUUUGAUGAGCUCAUCGGCAAGCGGUGGAAGGAGGAGGGCGCGAUCCAGAAGGUCGACGACGGCUUCAAGGACGGCGUGUUCCAAAAGUAUCAGCCCAUCGUGGGCGCGUUCGAGGAGAUGGAGAAGGAGAUCCUCAAGGUUGCUCACAACUGA